GGCGGGCGCUGCCGGAACCCGUGGAAGCGGAGCGGGCGGCCGGGGUUGGGACGCCGUUUCGCCCUCGCUGCUGUUGCCGCCCGCGCUCCCGCUGCCGGUCCCUCUUCCCUCCCGUCCCGUCCCCUCAUGGCGGUGGAGCGCGCGGCCACCGGCCCCUCCCGCCGCCCGCUCCGGCCUCCCCCGCCCCCGUCUCCUCCUCUUCGUUCGCCGCUGCCUGCGGGGAUGUGAGGGGGCCGUGACCGCAGAAACCUAACCUCGAAAUAUUUAAGAAGUGAAUGCCUCUGGAUUUUGGAACAAAAUUGCCUCACUGGAUGCAGGGAGUUUAUGUGGAAGAAAUGCUGUGACUGUUCUCAAACUCUCUUACAGACUGAUUUUAACGUUUCGGUGUUGCAUCAUUUUGUGUUGAGUAACAGAAGUUCUACUCCUCAUUGAUCAAUGUGACAGUGUUUAGUAGUUUACGAAAUGAGCCAAACUCGUGGGAGAUAUGACUUCUGUAUUGGUCUGGUGUUGGCUAUGAGUUCCAGCAUUUUCAUUGGAGGAAGUUUCAUCCUGAAAAAGAAAGGUCUCCUCCGGUUAGCCAGGAAAGGCUCCAUGAGAGCAGGUCAAGGUGGUCAUGCAUACCUUAAGGAGUGGCUGUGGUGGGCUGGACUUCUUUCAAUGGGAGCUGGCGAAGUAGCUAAUUUUGCUGCCUAUGCUUUUGCACCAGCUACGUUAGUGACUCCUUUAGGAGCUCUCAGUGUUCUUGUAAGUGCCAUUCUGUCAUCCUUCUUUUUAAAUGAAAAACUUAAUUUACAUGGAAAAAUAGGGUGUUUGCUAAGUAUACUGGGAUCAACUGUGAUGGUAAUUCAUGCUCCACAAGAGGAGGAAGUAGAAACUUUGGAUGAAAUGUCCCACAAACUAGGUGAUCCAGGUUUUGUGGUCUUCGCAACACUUGUUGUCAUUGUGUCUUUAAUUUUGAUAUGUGUGGUGGGACCUCGCCAUGGACAGACCAACAUUCUCGUGUACAUAACAAUUUGCUCUGUAAUUGGAGCCUUAUCAGUCUCCUGUGUAAAAGGUUUGGGCAUCGCUAUAAAGGAACUUUUUGCAGGAAAACCAGUGCUGAAACAUCCCUUGUCUUGGAUUCUGCUGCUAAGCCUUACUGUCUGUGUGAGCACGCAGAUCAACUAUUUAAACAGGGCUCUGGAUAUAUUCAACACUUCGAUAGUGACUCCGAUAUAUUAUGUAAUCUUUACAACAUCUGUUUUAACUUGUUCUGCCAUCCUUUUCAAGGAAUGGCAACACAUGGCGGCCGAUGACAUUAUUGGCACCUUCAGUGGCUUCCUGACUAUUAUUGUGGGGAUCUUUUUAUUGCAUGCCUUCAAAGAUGUUAAUUUCACCCUGGCAAAUCUGCCUCUCUCUUUGCGGAAGGAUGAUAGAGCAGCAAAUGGCACUUUGCUGAGCACAUACGACAGCUUUCAUGAUGAUGAAGAAAGUUCUGCCUGUCUAGGUGAAAUGCAGUCCACUGAGAGUCUCUCAGCCAGGAGAAAUGGAAGUCUGUCAGCCUUCUGAAAAUAGCUACGUGUUACUUAAGAAAAGAACAAUUCUGUAACUCUGGAAAUUUUUUUUCUGCUGUGAAAUGUCCGAUCUUGUCUGGAAAUUCAUGUACUUUUUAACAGUAUGUGUAGACAAUCGUUGAUUUUUAAGUUUGAUUAAUUUGGAUAAGAACACUGAAACUGUUUUUAUUUGCCUUAUUUUUACUUUAAAAAAUACUAAAAUGACCUCAGACCACAACUGGUUUUGUUGCUUAAGUUAUGUGUAAAUACUUUCAUUUCAUUCUUCUGUUUUUAAGAUGUAUUGCACUAAUGACAAUUUUAUCAAAAAUAAAUGGCUUUAUUUCUGCAUUGGUGGUAAAAA